UGUGUGUGUGUGUGUGUGUGUGUGUGUGUGUGUGUGUGUGUGUGUGUGUGUGUGUGUGGAGAGAAAGAAGAUAAAUCCCAUCUCAAGCUGCCUCUGAAGAUGAUGCGAUGAAAGAGAGGGAGAGAGGAUAAAAAAAGAAUGAAGGGGGGGGCCAGUAACCAGUCGCAGCUCUGCGCAUUAUGAACCAUCCAGCGGAACAAUCAGAUUCACCCUCCUCUCUUCCUUCACCCUUCCUUCCAUUCCCCCCUUACACUCCGUCCCUCCUGUCCUUCCUUCCUGACAAUAUGCGAUGUACAGACGGACACAUUCUGAUGCUGGAGAUCUGACGGUCCAAACAUUCAAACUGUGAUGUCACUUUAAGGUUUACAAAUCUAUGCUAACAAUGAAGCUGGUUAUGAAGGCAGCUGCCUUGAUGAGAUUUGAAGUGGGCAGAGCCCAACACAAUCAAUCACACGUCUAGCAGCUCAUGUUUGCCUGUUGUGGUGAAGCGUUUGACUAAUUAUGGACCCCACUGCCUUGUAAGCUUGCGCACAAUCUACCAUUUUGCAUGUGCCUCUGUGCGCGUAAAGUGUGCGUGUGGGGUGAUUGCUGCUGCAGCUCAUAUUUCCCAGGAGCCCAGGUUGUAAAGCCCACUCAGUAAAUCAUCUAUCCUCCUCUGUCCUCUGUACCCCCUUCUCCAUCAUCCUCCUCUUCAAACUUAUCAUUCUAUCGCGUCCAUCUAGCAUCCCCCAUCCUCAAUCUCUCCCCCAGCCUCAAAUGACUCUUUCUCUCUCGCCUCCUAUAAGACCCCCAACACCUUGUUGUUUUCCCCCUCCCGUUGCCAUUCUCCUCUCCAGUCACGGCACGGGGCCAGAGGAGCAGAUCUGAGUGUGGAAAAGAAAGAUAGAGGAGGUUUAAACAGAAGUAGAGAUGAGAGAUAACAUUGUGUUGAAAGACAGAGGGAAAAGCAUAAAAUACACACACACACAUCUUACUGUGUGUGUGUGUGUGUGUGUGUUUGUACUAUGUGCACACGAAGGACAGACGGUGAGUGAUGCCUGUUUGCUUCAUCUUCAUCCCUCCUUCUCUGUGCUCAAGCAGCAGCAAAAUCAAUGCUACCUAAUAAAUGGACAGACAGACAGACUGAUAGAUGGACAGAUCAACAGCGAGGAUUCAGCGAUCUCAGCAUGUAUCCAUCGUCCUCUCUCCUCUCUGACCCCUACUGAGGCAGGGAGCAGCGUGACAUGACGUGGUGCAUCCACAAAUACAGCAGUCGGCCGGCUCCACAAUGCCAGGGCUCUCUGUGGAAGAUAGAAGUGGAAGGAGGAGGUGCAGCGUGGAGGUGGAGAGGAGACGUGAUAGGAAUGUAGACGCCCUUCACACCUGUGUGUUUGAGGGAAAGGACAGAAGGAGGAGUGAGGUAAAUUGAUAGGGAAGAGGGCUUACGUGGCUUGUUUGCUUUGUUUUUUAGUGAGAGACACACAAACAGGAAAAAAUCCAAUGAAUUAUUCUUCAUAAUAGGCUAUUGUGGAGAAGAGCGGAUGUGUCAGAAACACACACAAAUGUAAAGACACGUGGCAUCACAACACUGGAUCCCAAAAGUGACGUGCGCCUCAGUCCAUCCUCUCUGCUGUGCCUGGCAAGCUUGGUCUGGCAGAAUCCCACCCCUUGUACCCUAUAAGCAUCUUAUUUAGGUCAUUGUGUAAACAAGUGUCCUCACACACACAUUCACACACACACACACACCACCACGGGUGAAGCACGAGGAGUCUUCAGGCAGGGGAGAUAGAAAGGUAGUAGGGAGGACAGAGAAUCUCCGGGCGAAUCUAUAGGUGUGUGUUUUGGUGUGUAUGUGUGUGUGUGUAUUCACGGGACAGCCAAAAGCUGUGGGCCUGCAUACAUAAACACAAAGAGACCUACACUCACUCACACACUCGCAUUCACAUACACGCAAGAAUGAAUGCACGCAAUAGUCACACACUGCUUUGCAUCCUCGCACACAAACACACUCACGCACACUGUGUGCUUCAGAGAUGAAUAAUGCUACUGUGCGUCUGGUGGGAUGCACCAUUGUCCCCGGGGUGGGUUGGAUGCCGGGAUAUUGUGCUGGAACCGGCUGACACACACACACACACAAAAACACACACGGACACGCACCCAAACUCAGUGCUCUGUCUCCAGGUGACUCUGUUCCUUUUAUAGAGCAGAGCUCUCCCACCUCCUCUCUUCCCUUCUCUUUUGUAUGAAUGCAUAAACACACACUCACAAACACACACACAUAAGCAGGCAAAAGAUUACAAACAUUGCCACGUGCACUUAUACACUGGAAGAAACACACCAAACACACAAACACACUCUAUGACACCCCUACUGGUAUACUGAAAGCAUGCACAUAAACACACUUCCCACUUCCUCUUGGAGGAAAUUGGAGUUUGCAUCUGUGCAGGGAAAGACUGGGAGGAGAGGGAAGAACAAAAAGAGGGCUCAGUUGAAGCUCUUGAAACACUGCAUCAAAGACAAACCAGAUAAUGUCGCUUUACAUUGUUUGUUUAGGAAAUACAUUUUAAUAUCUUAGAGUGUUCAGAAAAAAGGGGCUAAGUCUGGGGAUCAUAUUUGAUCCAAAACAAUAACAAUGAAUAAUGCAUCACACAAAGUCAGCUGGAAAGCUAAAUAGCCACAGAGGCUCUGUACAUGAGUUCAGUUGAGACUCAGAGCCAGAGUGUUAUGGACCAACACGGAUGCUCUUCAGAUGUCAUCUUAUUGCUGCGGCCGGCUGUGUUUGAACAUUUGCCUGGUCUCAAUCAUGCGCUCUUAAAUAUUAAUGCACAUACACACUGCGGUUGUUAUGAUUACUUAUUCAUUACUGAUAAGUAAUUAAGUUUCACACAGCACUCUCUCUUUCUCCUUCCUCUCUCAGACAUGUCAAUCAUUGCAUCAGAGACUGCAUCACUCGUCUGCCCCUCCAUCUUGAGAGGCUGAAGCCGAUUUAGGAACCGGCACCAUUUAGGGGCCAUUUUCUACACACACACACACACACAAGAAUGCAGAUUCACACAUACACGUGGCAAAUUUCUUCAAAUCUGGUAAAAAAAAAAGCCAGAUAAUCAACGGGAUGUGCAUACUUGUGUGUGUUUGAAUGUUUGUGUAAAAAACGUUGUCUUCAAUUGUUCUCAAAGAGGGAAAUAAUUUAGCUUUGACUUCAGGUGGAUGUUAAAGUAGAAUUAGACAUCGAACAUGAAAGGAGAGAAUGCAAGAUAGAUUAACCUCCGGCUCAACGGCACUAACCCUCACAAUUUGUCUCUCUUUUCUCUCGCCCCCUCUCUCCCUGCCAUCAGAACCCCUAACCCCCCUUCCCCCUUUCCUGUCUCACCUCACCACCUCCCCCUCCCAGCUCCGGCUGCAGACGGAGGGAGUUAUGCAGUCCUUCCGUGAGCGCAGCGGUGGUUACCACAGCAACCAACCCUGCUACCAGCAGGAGCCCCAUGAAUUAUCCCGCCUGGAGACCUACCGACAACACCCGCAUCAUCCCCACCCCCAGCAUCCGCUCCCAGGCCCCGGUCCACAUCCAGACCCAGGCCCCGGGCACAGCAGAACCGGCUAUGAGGCUCAUUCACUGGCAAACCCCACGAGCAUGACUCCAGCUGGAGGACCGGUAACUGGAGGAGGACCCAAGGACUGUUACAGCCAGCAAGCCUACCCUGGUUACCCAGGCAAUGGUGGAGGGAAUGGGAGUGGAAAUGGGGGCUCAGCACCCUCUCAGGCCAAGAAAGCCUACAGAGGAAGCAAAGUGCCCACACCAAACCCCAGUCAGCUCCUCCAGGCUCCUGGGGGCUAUAGUAACCACAUGGGCCCUGGGAGUUACUCAGCCCCGUAUAUAAGUGAGGGCCACCUCCAGCAGAAAUGGGAGGACUCUGCCCAGUUAGCACAGUAUGACCAAGAGAUGGUGGGGCGUAUAGAGGCUGGUGGUACCCCUGCUCCUGGCUCCUCCCAGUACAUGGACCAGAACAUGCUGGGCCACACCCAGACCCAGUGCAUCCAGCCCUCCACCCCUGCCUAUACUAGCCCCCACCAUCAGCCCCACCCCCCUAACCCUGCCCCCUCCCCUCUCAUGUACCCCCAGAGUCACCUUCACUACCCCCAGCACUCACCCUCUCCUUCGCCAUACAUGGAAAAGUGCAGCCCUAUGCCCCACUGUUAUAAAGGUUACAACAUUCCCCCAAAUUCCCAAUAUGGCAGACAAAUGAGCAGCCACAGCAAUCUGAAGCAGGGGGGUUACAGGUCGACCCAGAACAGUUAUGGCUACCAGCAGCCUCCCUCCAGAAGUUAUGAGCAGCAGCCCCCUUUACAGGCCAUGACCAACCCCCAGGAGCCCCACCCUAAAUACCAACACUACAGCCAACCCCAACAAAACUACUGUCUCUCAGAGCUGUCUGUCAGAUCACCGGAACAGUAUUAUCAGACUUGUAGCCCCUCCUCAAGCCACUCUCCAGCACGCUCUCUAGGACGCUCCCCCUCAUACAGCUCCACACCUUCACCACUAAUGACCAAUCCAGAGUCAUUCCAGUAUGGCCAACCUCCCAUGACCCCUGGGGCAGCCUCCUCCUCUUCAUCCUCUUCAGCUGGCAUGCAGGAGCAAGCCAGUACCAAUACCAUGUUGAUGCCCCCUCGCUCACACCCCUCACCCAAUGUGCCCCAUGCAGCUCCCCACAGCUACACCACCACACCGCAGGUCCCCACCAUGAAAGAACGCUUCUCAGAGAAGCUGUUGUCAAACCCCAGCUUGUGGAGCCUGAAUGCCCUCACCUCUCAGGUAGAGAACAUCUCGAAUAAUGUCCAGCAGUUGCUGCUUUCAGAGGCCCUGGUGGCCAACAAGAAAAGUGGUAAGCGCAACAGUGGAGGUAGUAACAGCAGUGCUGGAAGCGGAGCAUCCAUCAAAAAGGGUGAGGAGUACAAAAGUCCUCCGUAUCCAGAUGGUGGUGGUGGUGGUAGUGUUGGUGGAGGCCCCAUGCAGGACCCUUACUCUACCCCACAACACCAGCCAAUGCCCAUGGAACUCCAUGAGGGAGGCUACUCCAGCAGUAGUGAUGAACAACUGGAGAGGGGUUACUACUACUGUGGCCAGGGCAGAAGUCCAGCACAGGCUCCCAAUAACACACAACUCAACCUGGACACAGCCUCUUCAUGCUCCAUGACAUCUCCAGAUGAUAUGUCCACCAGGUCUGGAGACUCAGGUCUACACAACCUUACCCCUGACCCUAGAUGUCAGUCAGGGCAGGGAGGGGAUGGCAUGAACACUCCAGUGAAGAGCAUUGGCGAUGAGAGGUCUCCUACAAGCAUUACAAUCCCCAGUCCAAUGAAACAAGAAAGGGACUCCCCUUCAGAUAUACAGCAUAUCAACGAGCCUGUCAAAGAGAAUUUUGAAGAAUUAGCCUGGACAGAAAAAUCAGCUGACAAAGAGGAGGUGUCAACAGAUAAGUCUCCUGACAGUGAGAGAGAUUCAGACACAACUAAAUCUACAGAGAAUCUGGAGAAAUGGUCAGAUGAAGAGAAAUGUCCGGCUUUCUACAGCAAACUUAACAAAGGAAUGACAGAAAAAAGCUAUUGCUACAAGGAGACAGUGUACCAAACGGUCCAGAGCAAAUAUGACCCUGAUACAAGAGACUCAGUUGAACAGUCCCCAGCAGCUCUCUCUGACUCCAGCCACAAGGAACACUUUGGCCAUGAGAUGAAAUCAGAGGCGUUCAAAUCUGAGUCUCCAACUGCAUCUGAGAGCUCAGUGAAAACAUUGCCUUUCAUUUCUAGGGGGGACCUUGAACAGGAUCAAUAUUCCACGGAGAAGGAGGACAGCUCAGAGAACACCUCUCCAAUCCCCCAAGUUGAGGCCUUGGACGAGAGCAACUCAGACAAGAGAGAGAGCCGAGAUGAGGAGGAUGAAGAGGAUGAGGGUGUACAGUAUGAAGCGGAUGAAGAGGGAGAAGGAGAAAUAAAGAAACAACAUUCUCUGUCCUCUCCUCUGUCUGUAGAGGUUAGGGAGGAACUGGAGGAGGGGGAGAAAGUGUCAUCGACUGAGGAUCACAUUAACAGAGAUGGGCAAGAGAAGUCAUCUGGGGAUCUCUGCAGCAGGACAGAGAGUCAGAGUACAGAGCUCCAUACUGACAACGAGCCUGCAGGGACGCCUGCCCAUCCAAAUGUAGGAGCAGCAACAGCAGCAGCAGAUGCUUCUGCAAGGGAGUCAGCCAUUGGUGACACUGCUCCUCAGCCUCAGUCUGCUAUGCCAGUCUUCUCAGCUCUCAAUGACAAGACAACACCUCCAGCUCAGGCCAGGGAUCGUAUUGAUCACAGUGAUGCUAAAGUGCUGGAGCCAGACUCUCCUCAGCUGCCAGGGAAGUCGAUACUUCCCUCAGCCCCCUCCUGGGCAGACACUCCUCCCUCCCCCGAAAAAGGCGAUGAAGACAUGGAGCCGGGCAUCAGCUGCGCCAGUGCAGUGACCCCCUUGGCCAAGCCAGAACCUGUGGCCCCAUCUGCUCAGCCGAGGGCAUUUGGACGUAAGCAUGCAAGGGGCAGAAGAAGAAUCAUGCAUUCAGGUAUGGGAAUCAGGCGACAACUAAACUUAGAGAGAGAGGGAGAAAAGGAAGAGGAAGGAGCCCCCUCGCCUACACAGAAACCCUGCAUGACUCCAAGCAAAACUGUGUUAUUCUCGGAUCCAAUGGACCUAACUCAUCAGGAAUCUAUUGUGAGCCAGACUCCCAAAAUGCUAACUGAUGGUUUUCGUUCGAGAAUGUGCACUCGUUCAUUCAAUGCACCAGACUUGCCACCUAAAGUUGAGCCUCAUGAGAAGAGAAAACCAGGUCCAAAACCAGGUUCGAAGCCUGGGCUCAAACCAGGGUCAAAACCUGGACCAAAACCAGGGUCAAAACCUGGAGCAAAGCCAGGUCCAAAACCAGGGCCUAAACCUGGUCUUAAGCCUGGACCAAAGCCCGGGCCAAAACCUGGACCUAAACCAGGACCAAAACCUGUGCCAAAUGAAUCAGAGCUGCCACAGAAAAUUGAGACACCAGUGAAACGAAAACCAGGACCCAAACCAGGUUCAAAAACUGGGCCAAAACCUGGUCUAAAACCAGCUCUAACACCAGGUCCAAAACCAGGACCUAAGCCUGCACCCAAGCCUGCAGAUAUUUUGCCCCUCGAUGACACUGCACACAUCAAGGCCUCAGUGGGUCGCCCUAAAGGCUCCGUUUCUAAGGCAAAGCUGGUACAACAAGAAGAAACCAUUCAACCUUUGACGGGACAGCAAAGCAGGGCCAGAAAGAGCCCAAAAGCUUCAAUAUCACAAGUAACCCAGGAUGUUAAACCAGUAAACCAGGACGAAAAACAAGCAAUACACGAAGUGAAGGCUCCAGAGAAGGAGGGUAAGAACAUGGUCUUAAGAUCCAGAAAGCCCUCACAAGAAAAACUGUCAAAAGUCACAGGGGAAGAUAUUCUUCCCCAGACACUAACAGAAAUUAAAGCUACUGAUGAUUCUCCAAAAGUAGAGGAACCUGUUACUCUGGAAAAAACUCCAACUUCCAUUCCUAAUGCAGUCAAAACCACAGAUGUUCUAGCAGACCCACCUGCACCACUUGCCUCACCUGUCCUAACAGAACAAUCUGAAGAAAAGACAUUACUUCCAAUAAAACGGAAACCUAGCCCAGAACUUUCUACAACACCAGUAAAGAAAAAGAGGGGUCCAAAGCCCAAACCAAAACCCUUACCACCUCUAGUGGAACAGGUUGUCUCUACACCUAAAGAGAAGGGUGUCCGUGCCCCCAGAAGAAAGCGAGGGCCACCCAAGAAAGUCUCUGUGGUCACUUCCCCACUCAAAGACACUCCUCCAAACCUCAGAGAGACGGACAUCGCUAGUGAUGUGCCUGUGGUGCCUCCUCAAUGCCCCACUAAAACAAAAGUUCUCCCACCACGCAAAGGCAGAGGACAGAAAUAUGAGGCCAUGGUGCAGAAAAUUACAUCUCCAAGCUCAAAGAAACACCUCCCAAUUCCCCAGAUGGACAGCAAUCUAAGGGAUGAUGUGACAGUUAGGGCUUUGCCUCAACUUGUCUUAAAGGAAGGUGAGCCCUCCAUGCUCAUAAAUAACAUUGAGGUGAUAGAAGGAGAAGUGAAAAGCAUAGAUUCUAGACAGGAAGUACUGAAACAAUGUGAAGGAGCACUGAGAAAAAAGGAGAUGGCACAAGAAAGAGAAAAGCAUGAGGUGAGUCAGGAGGCAUCAACGGCAGAGGAGGUGAGACAAGGGAUGGAAGAAGAGAUUGUGAAUAAGGAGGAGACAAGACAAGAACACAUGAAACCAGGGAUACAGCAUGGUGUCAGAGCUGACAAGGUUUGGAGCUCAAUAGAGGCCCCAGUUGAAGUCGGGUCUCUAGGAGAGUGGACACAACAGGCCUCAAAAGGCGCCUCAUCUGCUCCCACCAAGUCCGCCAGAACUAAAAGGAAGAGAUGGGCCAUGGUGGAGAGCACAGAUGCCUCAGUCGUAGCCUUGGAAGCAGGGAGCCUAAUAGUUACAACACCAAGGCUAGCCAAGCAGAGGGCCAUUAAAAACAACCAUGAGAUGCAUCUAAAACAGAGGAGAAAGAAAAGAAAGGGCCAAGCUCCUCUAGAAGAAACAGAGACAGUUGAGGAGAAAAAUAUUGAAACAGUAGAACAACAACGGGAGAGGGUAGAAGAGACGGUAACCCCCACAGAGUCCACAAUACCGCUGCCAAUCAGCGCAGAUGAGAUCACAGAAGCCCCCCAGGUAACCAGCACAGAACUCAUUCAGAAACCUAGGAGAGGCAGAAAACCAUCCGCAAAUCCAACUCCGAGGAAACGAGGCAAAGCCUCAGCAGAGCAGAUUCCUGGCAAGCCAAUGAAGGUCCACAAAAAGCCUGGGCCAAAACCUGGGAUGAAAGACGCCAUGGAGGUUAUUGAGGCAGUAGUAAGGGCUGCAGGAUGUGAACGGGCCGAAAAAGAGGAGAGAGAGAAAGAAGAAAUGGAAAGAAGGGAAAUAGAAAAGAAGGAAAACGCAGAAACGUGUAUCGUGGGUCCUGUGGUAACAAUAUCAGAAAAACAGACUGAGAUCAUUUCUGUGAAAAGAAUCAGGCGCAAACCAGUCCAUCAAAGUUCUAAACUGUCUUUCUGUCCUUAUGUACGGAUUAACAACUCCAGAGACUUCUCUUCUUGGUGUGCCGUAGUCAACAAGCCUGAGGAUGCGGUGGUAUUUCAGAGACGUAGAAAAAAGGGCAUACUCAGAAUGAGGAAUCCUUUCACAGUUGCAAAAGUAGUGCCACACACUGCUGCCAUGCUACAAGGACCCUUGGUGAAAAGAAAUCUAAUUGACAGGUGUCUCACAUGUUGCCUGUGUGGAAAGCCAGCAAAUUACAGAGACCUAGGUGAUUUGUGCGGACCCUACUACACAGAGGAUGGCGUUCCACGGAAAAUGUUGACGAUCGAGCACACAGAAUCCGUCAAGGAAGAGUCGCAGAAAACCAAUGACAACAGUAGCAGCAGUGAAGAACCAAGCUCCUCAAAGAACGAGGGCGAGGGCAGCGCAGAAAAGGAGGGUAAUACAGAGGGUUCCGCUCAAGAGGGCAGUAGUAGCAGGCACCAUUGGCGAUACCGGCGAGGAGAAAGAACAGAAAGGAUGGGUCAGGAGGGUGGUCCUCGAAGAUUAACUCUCCGAGAGAGGUUCAGGAGGAUGAAGCAGCUCCAGGCCAUCAGCACAGGGGCCUCAAGUGAUCAAGAGGGUGGUGACAGCAUGUUCAAAAGGCUACAAGUGGAGGCAGAGGCUAAAGAGCACUGGGCCCAUGAAAACUGUGCCAUCUGGACCAAGGGGGUAAUUAUGGUAGCUGGGAGGCUAUACGGACUGAGGGAGGCUUCCAACAACUCAGUCCAAACGAGCUGCUACAAGUGCCAGAUUGUGGGGGCGUCCCUCAGCUGCUGUUGGAGAGGCUGCUCUCAUAAAUACCACUAUGUCUGCGCCAAAGAGAUAGGCUGCACAUUCCACGAGGAUGAUUUCUCCAUAAAAUGUCCUAAACAUGAGGACCUGUAAGAUAUUCCAGUUCACCAUCUCCACCACCAACACCACCUCUCAGACAAGCAAGCAUCACCCUCUCCAGCAAGGCAAACAAAGAUGCUGUCCUAACAGCCACCUACACCUAGAAGACACGGUGAUGUGUGAUGACGGACAGGCGCGUCGGCCAGUGGGGCUGGGGGAGGAUAAAAGGCUGAGAUGAGGAGCUACAAGCCCCGGAGGAUGGCUCCGCAAAGAAUAGCUGCUCCCUGAACUCGGCCUGGAAGUGUGUUUCCCCGACUGAGCCCCUUACUGGAAGGCAGAAGGCAGCGGCACUGUUUAACAGGAGGAUAGACGACGCUUUAGAGACUGUGUGCCUAGAGCCCAGUGCACAGGGGGGCUGUUUGAAAUGCAGAGCGAGGAAUGUGCGUGUGUUCUGCUUUUGGAUGGGUUGCUAUCAUAUUCAGACACCUGGCGGACACUGAUUGGACGGGAGCAUCCCUCUGGCCACCUUGUCUGUGGGCCAAGAGGUGUGUAUGCGCGUGCGUGUAUGUGCGAUAACCACAAUGUCAUUCUACAGCCACAUCAUCAGUGUGUUUGUGCCUCAUGUGUCUGUGUGAGUGAAGAAGUUCAUCUCUAAUUCAUGAUGUCAUUGCAUCGAAAAAGCAGCAGCCAACCACUGGAUGUACUAUCUCAAUGUGUGCGUUUGUGUUUAAAACAAGAGACAAAAUGAAACAAAAAAAAAGGAAACUGUACAUGAUGACGUGCUUUACAGGUUCUAAAUAUUCUGAUAUUGAAGAGUUAAGAAAAAAAAUGGACGCAGUAUUUUAAUAUAACGCUCUUAUCUUCGGAGAUGUAUUUUGAUGUGCAUUAUGACUAUACGACAUCAUUGCGUCACCCUUGGUAUAUGUCAGGCUUUGUUGUAAUUCAGAAAUUAAAAAUGAAAAAGAAGGAAAAAAAAAAAAAAAAAAAACUGUUUCAGAGUGUUACUCCAUUCCAACUGUGUGUGUGCACAUUCAAUAUGUACAGAAGACGCCGACAUCAUCACCCGACAGGUUGCAGAUCAGGGCUCCAAGGGUCCAGCCGGGGGUCAGGUCAUCUCACCUCACAUCUAUGUACAGUUCAGAAGUAUUACUGUUAAACAUUGCCAUGAUGCAUCAUUGUUUCACCUACCACAGCAACACAGAAAGAUAUACAUUCAACACAGAUUUCACAACACACCAGUCUGUUUGUGUAUCUCAAAUGUAGCCUCUUUCGCUCUUCCACGCUAUGUAACAAUGCCCCGUACAGGGUGUCAGUUUAAGUACUGGUCAUAUCAAAAAGGAGACAUAUUUAAGUAUUAGAGCAUAAAAGAAAGUGCAAAAACGCCACACCAAACGUUCCCUUUUAUGAAGCUCGUUAUUUAAUGGUGUAUAUAAGUAUUUGAUGCUGUUUAAAUGUAAGAUGUGAUGUACUAAUAUAAUUGUGUAUAGUAUUUCCUAGAGAUGUUUAUUUUCUAUAAAAUGGAAUAUGUUAUUGCUUAUAAAAAUGUUAUUAAAAGAAUCCAUUGAUGAAAAAAAAAUGACCUUUUUUGGGAAUGUCACUUGUCAUAAGUUGGAGCAUGCCGUUUUAUUGAUUUUCAUGUCUAUUUGUUUGGAAUCGAUGACACAGCAUCACUUUGUUUGAAAUGUUUUUUGUAACGCCAAUGUUAAAUAUACCAGCACCUUUCAAUGCUGCUAUGACCAA